AUGAACGAAACACUGACAUUACCCGAAUCGACUCCAUUCUACGUAAAAGUCUAUGCAUAUUCGAUCUACGCAAUCUCGAUUUUUGUCUAUUUCAUCGUGUUGAGCACUUUAUGCAUCAAAUAUCGAAUUGAUAAUAAUGUCUUCGCGCACAGUGUCUAUUUGUUCUAUAUUCACACGUUAUUCCUCCUUGGCGAAGGUUUAAUUGUCUUCUCUCAACCGAUCGCUCUAUUCCCGAAAUUAGCCUUCUAUUUGACGGGUCCACUCACAAGAUUUCGUCUUUCUCCCCAUUUUUGGCUAAUCAUCCUCUUCUCACUCUUUCAACAAUUAAUCUUAUCAACUGGCACAUGUCUCAUGUAUCGAUGGCUGACAUUCAAUCAUUUCAGGAUUCGGACAUAUCGAGUGAGCUCUGGUCUCUUUCAUUCAUCCUUCAUCUUUCACUCAAUUAUCAAUUUACCAUUUAUUUUCCUCUUUGCUAUUUCUGAAGUCCCAAAAGAAGCGAUUCUCGAUGAUGGAUUGGCGCCGAGGCACGAAAAUCCUUCACAGGAAAGCGGUUUUGUCGACGAUUUUCAUGUAAUCAACAAGCUGAUCGUGCCGUCACUGUUGGGCGGAUCAUUGCUUCAUUCGUAUUCAACCCUUUACACCGCUUGGUCCGGCCAUGUGUCUCUUUUCACCGCUCUCAACUCGUUGGCUAAAAGAAAAUACACGCCUCAAUCACAGCCUGACCUCUCGCAGAAACCCACGCGAAACGCACGCGAAGUCGAAUUUGCAGGCAUCGAA